GAAGAAGCAGCGCGAGUGAGAGCGAGCAAGCAAUACUGGGAAUAUUUUUGCGCAAAAACUGAGUUUAUCAAUAAAUUGUUGUUAACAAUAGCAAUUUUUGAGCCGAGCGCGUGUGUCAGAAUAACCUAAAGGCAAAUUCAAUGAAGUGGCCAUCGAGUGGCGCCGCCGCCGCCUGAUCAACGUGAGUGUCAGAGAGUGGCUCUCGUUGUGAAGAAAAAAGAACGUAAGCAGCAAAGAAGACAGAGCAGCAGCAACGAUAACAACAGGCCUAGUGUGUGCUGCCAACUUGUCGAGCUGCCACCCCUCUCCCCUUCUGCAACCUUUGGCAGUACAUAGUAUUAACGCUUCUGUAUUCUAUUGAGCAUUAUUUAAAAAAUGAAGUACCAAAAGCUGCUGGGUGUAUAUAUGCUGUGAGCGAAUCUAUUUUCUGUGACGUGACGUGCGGAAUAGUGAACAUAUUUUCAACAAGUUGCCAGCACAGCGUGCAACGCGCGCACACACACACACACACACACACACACACACACAAAAAACUUAUACACAGAGCCCCCCAAAGAGAGGGAGAGCAGCAACAACAAGCGUAUUUAGUGAUGUCAUCAGAAAAAGUGGGUGUUGUUGUUGCUGUGUCUCUAUGGCAGAAUUCAAUUAUCAUUAACAUCAGCAUCAGCAUUAUCAUCAUCAUCGUCUUGGGUGGACAAACAAAACAAAAGCCAACAGCAGUUAAAGAGCAGCUUCAGCGAGGCGAGGGGCAGUCCGUCCACCAGUCCAUCAGUUUGUAGUUAAAUAGUUAGUUUCUUGUCGCCGUUCCGCUUAAGACGACUUCAAGCUGGCCAAAUUGAAACGGAAACGGAAGCCAAACUGAAGCACUUGUCGGAGAGCGUAACGGUGCUGCUGAAAAUCGCUAAAAUGGACAACAGCAUCGUCGUCGAGGAGAACGGCAAUUCGGCGUCCAGCGGCAGCCUGGACCUCAUCACAGCUGCGGCGCAGGCAGCGGCCGCAGUAGCUGCCGCAACGAGCGCCGCGCAGCAGCAGUCACAGAACCCACAGAGUACAACAGCGUCAACGGGCAACACAAAUAAUUCCGCUGGAACGGGCACCGUUCUGACCACGACGGCCAACUGCAAUUUACAAUACCCGAUGCAGCCGCUGGCGCAGCACGGCCUGCAGGUACAAUCCGUGAUACAGGCGAAUCCAUCGGGUGUCAUACAGACAGCUGCCGGCACGCAGCAGCAUCAGGCGCUAGCCGCCGCCGCCGCCACCGCCACAGCGAUGCACAAGGCAGUGGGGGUUGUGUAUGUGGCCAAGCCAGCCAACUCUACGGUGAUCCACACGACAGCAAGCAAUGCAGUGCAAGUGCUUAACAAAAUCCCUCCAACUUUUCCAUGUAAGAUCAAACCCGAACCGAACAGCCAGCACCAGGAGGACAGCGACGAGAGUUUGUCAGACGACGACUCGCAGCACCAUCGGAGCGAGCUGACACGGAGGCCAUCGUACAAUAAGAUCUUCACCGAGAUCAGUGGACCUGAUAUGAGCGGCUCCUCGCUGCAUUUGGGGUCCGAUGGGGUGCUCGGCUCUCAGCUGGCGGCAGGCGGAGCGGGCGGCAACUCGGCGAACAGUCCACUACUGCACAUGGCCCCGGACCCAGCCUACUAUUUGUCCAAUCGGAUACCCUACAACACCAACAACAGCGGGAUAGCGGAGGAUCAGACGCGCAAGCGGGAGAUCAGACUGCAGAAGAACAGGGAGGCGGCAAGGGAGUGUCGGCGCAAGAAGAAGGAGUACAUCAAGUGCCUGGAGAAUCGCGUGGCGGUGCUAGAAAACCAAAACAAAGCGCUUAUCGAGGAGCUCAAGUCGCUGAAAGAGCUCUAUUGUCAGACCAAGAACGAUUGAAUGUGGCCUUGGCUGUGGCUGUGGUCAUGGCGAUGGCGAUGGCAGCGACGGCAGCAGCCGCGGUGGCAAUAUCGACGUUCGAAGACGAGUCCCAAUGGCGAUGGCAAUAGUCGGCCGCAUAUCAUGAUUUACAUACGUAUAGUAGAAUUCUAUAUGUAAUCGUACAUAUAUACUAUAUAGUGCAAUGAUCAUGUGCUUGUUAGGACAAGUACACUGUAGCGAACCGAACCGAACAGCCUGACAGAACAAACAGGCGAACGGCGACAGCGACACGAGCAGGACACAAUGUAAUUAUGUUUAUAAUUUAAAUUUUAAUAUUCUUUUUAUGCUUUAGUUUACGCCUUAGUUUAUUUGCUAAUUUAACGGAACUGCAGUUUACCUAUCCAUGUCCCCUGUGCUUCUACAUCCUAUCUCACAUAUAUAUAUAUAUAUAUAUGUAUAUAUUUACAUAUACAUGAAUAUCUCUUUCUUUAUUAUGUAAGCUGCCGUCAGGCGAUUGCCUUUCAUCGUCGUUGGUGAAUUUUGCCUUUUAUUCGUAUGCGUACGCAUUGGUGUUUCUUCGGAAAUCCCUAUAAUAAUGGUACUCCCUCCAUACGAUGCUAAUUCGUUUUCAGAUUCUGUAGAUCGAUCGGCUGUUUGAUGUUUUUUUAAUGCAUUUUAGGCUUUAAGCGGAGAUACACCAGCGUCGUACUGUUUUUGAUAUUGCCUUUAAAAAAAAAAAUAGAUUAACCAAUUGAUAAACAGCUGAUCGGACCAAACAGUUGUUUCGGAUAUUCUUCAGAGAAUAUUCCUUUCAGGAAGCGCCGCCCAUACGUCUCCUUCAGCAUUGGAAUUGCUCCAGUGGCGAAAACCCAUGCUCUUACGUGUGUCAAUGUGAAGCGCCCAGUUUAAAAUGAUGCAAAUGUAUUGGAAAUCCCAUCCAUGGCGGCAGCUUAUUGUACUUGCAAUUUUUUUUCUUACUUAAUGCAAAAUACGACAAUUUGACUAGAAAAAGUGUUUAAAUUUUUUAGAGAAAUUAUGUAAACUGAUAUAAACCCCCAACACACACAACACAGGCAGAAAAAGAUAGGUAGAUAUUAAGAGAAAUAGUUCUUAGCAAAAUUGAGAACUUUCGCCUGUUUUUUUAUAUAUAUGUAUCUACUACUAUAAAUGUGUGUGUGGAAAGAGAAAGAGCUGAGAAAUGUAACAUUAAAAUUAAGUUUUAAUCGGUUUAAAAGUUCUGUAAAGUACAGGGCAGAUCGAUCAAUCAAACAGUCAGUCAGUCAACGUUAAUGAAUUAUUGAGAAUGUGUUGCAUACUUUUUAACCGCUUCCCGCCGCCUCGCCCACUAGCCUCCCUAGCCAAGGCGACACCUAGAAGGAUUUUCUCUGAAAAAAACCAAUUUAUAUAUAUAUAUAAACCAAAUUAUAUAUACGAAAUACGUAGUUAGCGAAUAUUUGUACACUAUUUGUAUUUGUGUAUCGCACUCGGAGAGGGUGGAACGGGUGGACGGCAGAGCGGUGUCCCAUUUCCGGAUCGAGGAAUACCAUACAUACAUACAAUAUUUACAUACUAUAAAGCAAAACUCUCGUUAUCUCUUGUGAUCAACUCAGUUGUUGUUAUGAAAAUGAUACAAAAUGAAAAGAAAUCGAAAACAUUAUUAAGUUGUAUGGAUGGAUAUGCAUGCAUGCAAGAUGAAAGAUCUGAAAAUAUGCAGAUGGACUUUUUCACAUGUACAAUAUCGAGUAGCGAAACAAAUGGAAAAUGGAAACAAUGUCAAAGUAAAGUAAAUGAAUGCAUACGUCAA